AUGGAGGCCUCCACCACACUCGCAAACGUGACGUCGUACCUCCCGUCGCCGGCCGAUCUGUUCAUGGCGAUUCCUCGUCUGUUCUCCAAGGCCAGCUCGCUGGGAGACUUGCUGCGCUCUGGUGGGAGCGCCAUUGCGGAGCCUACCUUGGCCAAUGCCACCAACAGCACGCUCACCAUGACUGCAAGCAGAUUUGUCCAGGAAUCGGUCACUGCAGCCGUGUCCAACGCCUCCGGGCCCAGCGAGGAGAUUAGCAUGUUCCAGGCGAUUAAGAAUGUUGCCAGCUUCUUUAGCUACAUCACCUCCAAGUGGGCCAUCGCGACCUUUGCCAUAGCCGUGCUUUUGAACCGCACCCACUUCUACGCCUCGAGCCGUGUAGCCCUCCAUUUCGACCGCUUGCAUCUCCGCCUCUCGUUGUACAUAGUCCCUCUGCUCCUCUUCCUGUACCAGAUACAGAGCAUUCUCCAGGCCAUACGAUGCCAAACCUCUCCUGGCUGGUCCGAAAUGCAGUAUGGCGGCCCUGGUAGACAAUUGGAUACUGACUUUGGUGGAGAGGGUGGGUACAUGUGGCGAGCGUCCUCGUCCCUGCUCUUCUGGCAGACCACUGAGGAGUCAUGCAGAGCUGUCAACAUGUUGCCUCUGAACAGCGAGUCGACGCGUCCAGCUGGAUCGCUAAGUCUCCUGUGGCCUCUGUUCCUGUCGCUGGGCUUCGGACAGUUUGUGGAGACACUGACAUGCGCGCUUCAGGGUCGACAUCCCACGCAGGAGGUGGGCAUGACCAUCUUUGAGCAUUCACUUGCUUUUGCCGAAGCCGAAGCUGUAGUCACGAAGCCUCUGACGGUGGAUACAACACGGUUCCUCAAACCCAAGAACAUUUUCGCACCUGAUGGUACCUCCUUGGUGAUAACAAGGACUGGACUGUCGAGGAUAGCCAACGCACCACCAGAGGUUCUCGUCAUUGCUCUCAUCUCUAGCAUCAGCCACCUGACCAGUAACGUACUCGCCAUCGCGGGCGUACGUUCGAGAUAUAGGCUGAUCACGACCGCCAUAUGGGGCCUUGCAUACAUGUCAACAUUUGCGUGGAGUUUUGCUCGUCUGGCGUCCGCCAUCACGGAUCCUGACCAAUACAUUGGCAUCCUGAGAUUUCCUACAGUGUGCAUCGUAGGCUUCAUUCCUCAUCUUCUCAUCCUCGCUGGUAUUCUCCUCUGUGGUUGCAUUUAUCUUUUAGCCCUUGUCAUUACAGUUCUUUCGCCACCUCCUGGCCAGCCAGCUUCGCUCACCCUAAAAGAAAGAUUCGCUGCCGCUUAUGGUAACCUGCAUGCCAACAUACAUCUCUCCGCCAUCACACCUUUGACGAUCAACUGGAACGAAGACUUUUACACGGCAAUCUUGAAAGUAGGCUUCACUGUGUUGACAGCCGCAAGUGAAGCGGUCUUUCUUAAUGAAGGCACCAAGGUGAAUGUACACUCGAUGACUUGGCUCGAGAAGGAAAGGCUGCAGGCCAUCCUUGCUCGAAGGAGACGCUUCCGGGAGAACAUCGUCGACCUCCCUUUGGAAUUAACAAACGAAACCUUAGCGCAAGGUGUAGAAAUUACGGACAAUUUCAAUGGUGAUGCCAGAAACGCGGCGUCGACUUCUGGCUAUGCGAGAGAGCGCAAGACACGCGGGGUCCUCCCUACAUCGGAUCCUGCACGUCGAAACGACCCCACUGGACUUGGACAGCGUAGGAGUCGGUUCUUCCUGGUCUAUCACUUUUGGAGGAGUAUUGUGAAGCUUAUAGCUCUGGCGCAUGCACGAAUCAUAAUAUGGUCCCUGCGGAGAGUCCGGGUUAACUAUCGACCACGCUGGUUGCGACGCAUUGCGGGUGGACGAGGAUUUGGGAACCCCAAUGCCACAGAGCUUUACACACUAAAUGAACAGCAGACGCGCGCAACAGCAUCCUGGCUUACAUUAGACAAUCGAGACAAGGUCCGCCAGGAUGACAACUUCAACAUCGAGGAAUUCGCUGAAGAAAGACUUCGCAAGAGCGGGUUGUACACUGAAUCUGACAACGAGGAAUCCUCAAAUCGCCUAGACGAAUAUCUCUACUCCUGGUGGCGCAACGGCGGCCGCUGGAACGACAUAGACACUACCGCCGACUACAUACCCCCACAAGACGACGACACCACCAGCGUCCUCUCAUUCGCCUCCACCUCGGCCUCCAACUCUGAGUGGUCCGAUCUCGACGACGACGACGACAAUGACGAUGGCCAACGCACCCCUACCCGCCACACCUACCAACGCCGUCGCUCCAGCACCCCUCUCCCCAACGACACCCUCGACUUCACCCGGCUCUCCCAACUCCUCGACCCAAAAACAAAAGACGACCGCGAAGAAGCAAAACUGCUCGCCCGCCACCUCACAAGCAACACCAUCAUGACACGCUCACGCUACCGCGCCGCCCUCGAAAAAGAAGAAUCCCGCAUCCUCACCUCCUCACGCUACAAAAUAGACCCGGCCGCCGUGGCCAUGACCGCGGAGGAGGAAGAACAGCUGCUCGAAGACCUCAUACUCAGUAAACGCAGCGUUCCGGCUGCCAAUUCACCGCAGGCUGCAGCCGAGGGAACGAACAGCUGGGAUCAUGGCGCAGAGGGCAUGGGUGCAGAGGGCCCGCAGUGCGUCGUUUGUCAGAUGGCGCCGCGUACAGUCUUGGUGUGGCCCUGUGGCUGUUUGAGUCUGUGCGAUGAGUGCAGGGUUGGGCUCGCGAGUAAGAAUUAUACGGCCUGUGUUUGUUGUCGGACGGGGGUGGUGGCGUAUUCUAGACUCUACGUGCCGUGA